AUGAGAUUCUCAACUAUAUUAGCGACCACUUUUUCAAUAGCUACAUUAGUUUCAUCAAAUCCAAUAACUCCAAAUUCUGAGAAAUUUGGUUUACAAUUGAAAGAAAGAGAAGAACUUAAUGAUUUAUAUCACUACCAAGAAGAAAGAGAUCUUUUAUCAACUGCUGAAAGUUUAUUAUCAUCAAUUAAUUUAACUUCCAUUUUAGGUUCAAUUGAUUUCGAACAAAUUGCAGGUUGGGCAAAUAAUUUAUUAACUGAAGAUGAUAAUGUAAAAUAUUUAGAUUAUAUUUUGGAAUUUGUUGGUACAACUAAUUUAGUACCAGUUGCUAUAAGCUUUAUAUUGUCAAACAAUGAAACAAGAGGUCUUGCAGGAGAUGCAGUUGUUGGUUUAAUUGGUUCAGGUCAAUUUGAUUUAACUCCAGUUUUUGAAGCAUUAAAAGAUUCUGGUUUAGCUUAUACAUUAAUUGCGGAUUUAAUUGAAAAUCCAAAUACUUUACCAUUUGUAAUUCAAGUUAUUAAAGAUACUUUAGGAGGGACUUCUAUCGGUAAUAUUGUUGGAGGUAUUGUAGGUAGCGGAAGUACAACAGUUCAAGUCUCUGGUGUUAAUGGUAAUACUGCAGCUUUUACUUUAGCUACUGGUUCAUUGGCUUAUAAUUCUGCUUCAGCUGGUACUGCUCCUGCUUUAGUUAGUUCAAUCAUAAAUAGUGCUAACGCCAAUGGUGGUGUUAGUGUUGGUACUGGUACUGGAGCUGCUGUUACUGGUACUGGAGCUGCUAAUGGUGGAGCUAAUACUGUAUUUGGUCAGACACUAGGUACUGAUCAAAUUAAUACUGGAUCAAUUGCUGCUUUAAUUUCUGCUGCUGCUGCUCAAGAAAGUGGAAACACUCAAUUAACCUUAGCUGCUGCUACAAACACUCAAAUUGCUGCCACAACUACAAGAGCUGCUGUUACAACUGCUGCUCAAGCCCCAGCUACUACCCAAGCUGCUGGUGUUGUUGGUGCUGGUGGUGUUACUUCAUAUGAUCUUGCUACCAUUAGAGGACCAGCUUUCCAAUCACUUCCACCAUCACAAUUUGGAAUUGGUGCAACUACAAUCAAUUAUUCUGCUUUAGCUCAAGUUACUGCUGCAUUAGGUGGUGGUUCCAAAAAAAGAGAAGAUGCAGUUGAAGAAGUAUUACAAAUGAUGAAACAAAAAAGACAAGAAGAAGAUGAAGUUGAAAUGGCAUUACAAAAAAUGAAAAGAGAUAAUAUUGAAGACUUAUUAACAACAAUUUUUUCAUCGGUUGCAAGAUCAGGUUUAAUUAAUGAAACUAUCCAAUAUUUAGUUACUGAUGAUCAAUUUGAAGGUGCUGUUGUACAAAUCUUACAAGGUGUUUUUGCAAACAUUGGUUCAACUUUGACUGGUCUUUAUAGUACUGAUUGGUCAACAAUCUAUCCAUUAGUUAAUGCAUUAUUAAAUUCAGGUUUAUUAACCGAUAUCAUCACAAAAGCCUUCAAUGAUGAAGAUUUAAAAAAUGCUUUAUAUAGAGAUUUACAACAAAUUUUUAAAAGAGAUUUAGAAUUGACUGAUUUACAAAUGAGAGAUUUACAAAUUAUUGCAAGAGAUCAAUUUAAUUCAUCAGUUUCAAUUUCAACUAUAACUCAAGGCGUUAAAACUAACUCAUCAAGUGUUGUUACUGUUAAUGGUGCAGUUCCAAACUCAAACAAAUAUGCUCCAAUGGCUCUUGCUGCAAUUGGUUUAUCAGCAUUAAUUUUAUAA